AUGGUUUUGAAGUCUACAUCUGCUGGAAACGUUUCCGUGUAUCAAGUUUCUGGUACUAAUGUAUCUCGUUCGUUACCAGAUUGGAUUGCUAAGAAAAGGAAGCAAUCAUUGAAGAAUGACAUUGAAUACCAAAAUAGAAUCGAAUUGAUUCAAGAUUUUGAAUUUAGUGAAGCUUCAAACAAGAUCAAAGUCACUCCGGACGGACAAUUUGCCAUGGCUACAGGUACUUAUAAACCUCAAAUUCAUGUCUAUGACUUUGCCAAUUUAUCAUUAAAAUUCGACAGACACACAGAUUGUGAGAACGUUGAUUUUGUUAUAUUGUCUCAAGAUUGGACCAAAUCUGUUCACCUUCAAAACGAUAGAUCUAUUGUCUUCCAGACUAAAGGGGGAAUCCACUACAGAACCAGAAUCCCUAAGUUUGGUAGGGAUAUGGUCUUCAAUGAAAAUUCAUGUGACUUAUUUGUUGCAGCGUCAGGAAAUGAAUUAUAUAGAUUGAACUUAGACCAAGGUAGAUUUUUGAACCCGUUCGUCUUGGACACAAAGCAGGGAGUCAACUCAGUGGAGAUUAACCCUGUUCAUGGUUUAAUUAGUGCAGGUUUGGAAGAUGGUACUGUAGAAUUCUGGGAUCCUAGAUCCAGACAAAGGGCAGCAAAGUUAUUCGUAGCGGAUCAAUUAGGAGAGUCGGUGCAAGUUACAUCCACUGCACACAGAGGCGAUGGUUUGAAUUUUGCAUGUGGUACUUCAAAUGGUAUGUCACUUAUUUAUGACUUGAGAACUUCACAACCAUCUAUAGUGAAAGAUCAAGGUUACGGAUUCGAAAUUAAGAAGAUGAUUUGGUUGGAUGCCAACGAGAAUGAUUCUGACAAGAUUUUGACUACGGAUAAGAGAAUUGCUAAGAUCUGGGAUAGAAAUGAUGGUAAAGCAUUUGCAUCGAUGGAACCAAGUGUAGACAUUAAUGAUGUUGAAUACAUUAAGAAUACUGGUAUGUUUUUCAUGGCCAAUGAAGGUAUACCAAUGCACACAUAUUAUGUUCCAGAAUUGGGACCAGCUCCUAAAUGGUGUUCCUUCUUGGAUAAUGUUACGGAAGAAUUGGAAGAAAAGCCUUCCAAUACUGUCUACUCCAACUAUAGAUUUAUCACUAGAGAUGAAGUCACUAAAUUGAACUUAACUCACUUGGUUGGUUCCAAGGUAUUACGUUCAUAUAUGCAUGGUUUCUUCAUUGAUACAGAACUUUAUGAUAAGGUUAAUCUUAUUGCAAACCCCAACUCAUACCAAGAUCAAAGAGAUAGGGAGAUUAAGAAGAGAAUUGAAAAGGAAAGAGAAAGUAGAAUUAGAACUACUGGGGCCGUCACAAACACUAAAAUUAAGGUUAAUAAGGGAUUGGCUAGUAAAUUGGCUGAGAAGCAAGGCUCCACCGCAGCAGAAUCGUUCAUUAAUGACGAUCGUUUCAAGGAAAUGUUCGAAAACCCAGAAUUUGCUGUUGAUGAGCAAUCUCACGAAUAUAAACAACUUAACCCUGUUAGAUCUAGCGCUGCCACAGCUAGUAAGGACUUGGAGAGCACGGGUAAUGGUAGAUCUCGUGCAUUAACUGCCGCUGAAGAAUCUGAUGAAGAAAGAGAACAGUUUAAUAACAACAAGGAAAGCAGUGAUGAAGAAGAUGAAGAAGACAGCGAAAGUGAAAGUGAAAGUGAAGCUGACAAAUCUGAAGAUGAAAGAAUACUUCAGCAACAAAAGCAAAAGGUUCAAAAGGAGAUGGAACGUUUGCGUAAGAAGAAGGAAGCUAAAUCUGAGGCUGACAGAUUCAUGAAUGAAAUGAAGGCUAUCACUACUGAUGACACUAGAAAUGGAGGAAAGAACACUGUUUCUUUCGGAACUCAAGUAAAGCGGAACGACAAGGACUACAGAGUUCAGAAGCAAGGUAGUGAUAACACCAGAUUACAUCGUCAUGCUAGAGGUGAAGCUGAAAUGACUUUUGUCCCACAAAAGGCAAAGAAGCAGGCCAGAUUUGCAAAACGUGAAGAGGAAGAUGAGGGAGAUGAUGAAGAAAAGAUGAAAAAUAGUGGAAGAACAAAACAAAGAUUUGAUGGUCGUAGAAGAGCUUCAAAGAAUGCCUUCCGUGGUAUGUAA